GAGGCGGUGGCCGUGGAAGGUUCGACGCCCAAUUCUAUUUAUUUUUUUUCUCACUAUUUCUUCCAUUUUCCUCGCGUUGGCCGUUUCCUCAUUAUCCAAGGACAAGCAUUCUAGAAGCAGGAUCUCUGGAAAAAUGUCUUCCACACCAAACGUGAAGAAGCAGCCAACUAUAUCAAAGUUCUUCGCCCCAAAGCAAAAGAUUGGGGGUGCACAGUUCAGAACGGAUGAGGAAAAGAAAGAGAAAAACAACAAAGUUGUGGAGGUAAAUUAUUCACCAACUUUAAAAAGGACAAAGAGCAGCGACUCUGAAAAUGGGUCACCAGUUUCAGAGCACAAGUCCAAGAAACUCAGAGUGGAAGACAGUCACCCAGGCAGCUCAAGUCAAGAGUCCAGUGAAAAUGGCACAAGUGAAAAGAAAUCACUGACACCAUGGACCAAGAACAGGCUGCAGUCAUUUAAAGCUGAAUCAUCCAGUGAUAAUGAGGAUAAAAUGGAAGUUGAAGAGAAAGCUAUAGAACCCUCCAAGCCCGUCAAGACUGUCAGCCAAAAUGGAGUCAAGAAAAAGUUGGAUUCUUUUAAGUCACAGAGUAGUAAUAGUGACAGCAGCCCCAGCAGUAGCCAGACAACAGAAAAAAAUCCAUCUAGUAAACCAGGGCUAAUGAAAGCACUGCCUGGAAUGAAGCUCACUCCUCUAGAACAGCAAGUUGUGGCCAUCAAAAAUAAGAACCUUGAUACAGUUCUCUUUGUGGAGUGUGGCUAUAAGUACAGGUUUUUUGGACAUGAUGCUGAAAUUGCAGCAAAGGAACUAAACAUUGUUGCUCAUUUAGAUCACAGUUUUAUGACAGCCAGCAUCCCUACACACCGACUGCAUGUUCAUGUCAGGAGACUUGUAGCUAAAGGUUACAAAGUUGGGGUGGUUAAGCAGACUGAAACAGCUGCAUUAAAGGCAGCUGGAAGCAAUAAGAGUGCUCCAUUUGAACGACAAUUGACUGCCAUGUACACAAGGUCCACUCUCAUUGGAGAGGAUGUAACACCAGCAGGAGGAGGAGAUGGGGUUGAUGAUGGAGACUUGUCUGAAGGUACAACAGCAAUGCUCUUGGUUGUCAGUGAGGGCAAAAGCUCAACAGGAAAGGAUGGUACUGUGGGAAUUUCUCUUGUGGCCAUCCAACCAAGCACUGGUGACAUUCUCUAUGAUCACUUUGAUGACUCCUCAGCUCGCACAGAGCUCUGGUGUCGUUUGGACCACAUCCAGCCAGUAGAGGCUCUUGUACCUGAGUGCAUCUCUGAACUAACAGUUAGAGCAGUUACCGCUGCAACCACAAAGAAUGAGGAUUGCAUUCGGAUAGAGAGGCUGAGUGACACAAAAUUUGAUUACUCUGAGUCUCUGAAGAAAGUGUGUGAACUGUUUGAUGGUGAUGAGACCAUGACCAAACAUGUGUCUGGGCUGCCCUCAGAUGUUGUUGGCUGCUUAGGUGCAACUCUGGAUUAUCUUGCAGAGUUCAAAUUGGACCGUAUUAUAAAAAUGGCAGGGUCCAUACGGCAAUACACCAGUGAAAAGCACCACAUGCGACUGUCUGGUGCAACAGUACGCAAUUUGGAAGUCAUAGCUAAUGGGGUGGAUGGGGGAACCAAAGGAAGUUUAUUUUGGGCUCUUAAUAAUACGCAGACGAAGUUUGGAUCCAGGCUUCUUCGCCGCUGGGUGGUUCAACCCUUACUGAGUUUAGAAGGUAUUAUAGAACGUCAAGACAUGAUUGAGGAGUUGAUGGCCUCUGAUGCACCAGUUAUAGUGUCGCUGAAGAAUGUUUUGAAUAAAUUACCUGAUUUUGAAAGGGCUCUCACAACAAUAUUCCAUAAAAAAUGCAGUCCUCAUGAAUUCUGGCUAGCAGUAAGUGGACUAAGCCGAGUACACAGAGAGCUCUUACGGGUCGGUGGUAAUGUUGGUGACACAGUACAAACACCAGGAUUAGUGAAGCGCUUGCAGGAAGUUCUUGAUGGCCUGUCAAAUGUUGAAGAUUUUGCAAACAAUAUUGAUCCAUCAAGUGCCAAAGAGGGAAAGAAAAAAACACUUUUGCGAGAUUUUUCUGAAUUUCCAAAGGUCUUGGAAAAGCAAAAGGAAAUUUCUGAUGUUGAGCAAGAACUAAAAGAUCAGAAACCAGAAAUUGCAAGAGCUUUGCGACUACCAUGUUUUAAUUACACAACAGUAUCUGGCCUAGAAUAUCUAAUUGAAGUAAAAAAUGCUCAAUUGAAAGCAGUUCCUAAAAACUGGACGAAAGUUAGCAGUACAAAGGCCUGUUGUAGAUUCAGGUCACCAGAAGUGGACAGGCUUUUAACACAAUUACAGCAGCUUCGUGAACAGCUGCAGGUGUCUUGUCAUGAGGCUUGGCUUCAAGUAUUAGAUUCCUUCUCAAAUCACUACCAGCGACAUCGUCAGGCAGUUAGAUGCCUUGCAGAGCUUGAUGCUCUUUGUUCUCUUGCAAGUGUUGCAAAAGCCCAAGGAUACUGUCGACCAGUGCUUCAUGAUAAUGAAGAAAAAGGAUUCCUGAAGAUAACAGGAGGAAGACAUCCAAUUGUGAGUCAGCUGAAGCAUGGAGAUGAGCAGUAUGUGGCCAACGACACAAACUUGCAGACAGAUAGUGAACGUGUUAUGUUGGUAACAGGACCAAAUAUGGGAGGCAAGUCAUGCUACAUGCGGCAGGUGGCUCUGAUAGCAUUGAUGGCACAGACUGGAAGUUAUGUCCCAGCAGACAAUGUAGAGAUGUCUGUACUAGAUGCAAUAUACACAAGAAUGGGAGCAGCAGAUGAGAUCUAUACAGGACGCAGUACCUUCAUGGUUGAAGUUGGUGAAACUGCAGACAUCAUGCAUGAGGCCACUUCACACUCUCUUGUUAUUCUUGAUGAGUUAGGCCGAGGAACAUCCACUCAUGAUGGUGUUGCAGUGGCUAUGGCAGCUCUUGACUACUUCCUGAAUGAGGUGCAGUGCUUGACCAUCUUUGUAACACACUACUUGCCCUUGACUGAAUUUGAAUUGAUAUAUCCGGGCCUUGUUGGAAACUACCACAUGUCCUUCAUAGUCAAUGAAGAAGAGGAUGAAGGUGUAGAUGUGGUGACAUUUUUAUACCAACUUACAUCUGGAAGUGCAGGUCAGAGCUAUGGGUUAAACGUUGCCCGCCUGGCACAGGUCCCACAUUCCAUUCUCAGAAAAGCUGCUGAAAAGUCAAAACAUCUCGAGAAUAUUUGUAAAAUGAGAAGAAAAGGGAAAGAAAUGUUCAAGAAGAUUGCAUCAGGUAAUAAUGGAGAAACAAAAGAACUUCUUCAGGAACUCAGAAAUGAAGGAAUGUAGAAACUGCACACAUGCACACACCAACAUAAAUGAAUGAUUAUAUAAAUUCUUGGUUUAUUGAAUAGCGAUAUACAUUGUUAUCAUCUGGAAUGUAAAAUACAUUUGAAGUAGUGCAUAGUAAGUAAAGGGUUAGAUUUUUUUUUUUACUAUAAUGACUAAAUUUCUAAAAGUUAAAUUUGUAUGUUGUUGAAUUAAUGUAAUAGUUUUGAUUAGUGUUUUCUUAGCUUUUGGAAUCAGGCUUCACAGUUUAUUCUUGCAAAUGCUCAUACACUGCCUUGAAUUUGGUCCCUUUGAAGUUAUGACCCUUCCCUAUGUAUCGGCUGUCCAUUUUUUUUUUAAGUCUGAAAAGGGUAAAUUUUGAAAUUGAAGAGGAAUUAUACAAGUGCUUUUCAGAUUUGCUAUAAUGUGUUUUAAAGGCAGUUGUUAGGUAAUUUAUUACUUAAAAUAUGGAAUUACCUUUAACGUAUUAUAAUUUAAGUAAAACAGUUAUAAGAAUCUCCUUUAAUAUGUGGCACAGGCAACCCAGAGGUGUACUUCUUAGAAUUUAUGUGCAGUGUAAGCAAUGAAAAUGAGAAGUAAAUGUCUUUUCCUCAAUCCUCCCAGUAUAUAGAAUGUGAUCAUAAUUUUAGCAUGAAUUAUUCUGAAAGCAUAUGAA